CACCAUUCAAACUUAGCAAGUAUGGCAUCAUCUCAAAAGAAUGUCUUCGUGAGCUCUCAAUCAGUUAUCAGUAUUCAAGAGCUCUUGAAAGAGCCAAUAAAAUCAAUUCCACAAAACUAUGCUCUCUCAAAACAAGAACCUCCUGUUCCACUCCCACAUGCCACCCAUCUCUUACCAACCAUUGACAUGAAUCGAUUUGCUUCCAAGGAGGAAUUCCAUCUCGAACUACAGAAGUUGCAUUCUGCUUGCCAACACUGGGGUUUCUUUCAGUUGAUGAAUCAUGGCGUAAGCUCCGAGCUGCUGGAAAAGCUGAAACAUGAGAUGGAAGGAUUUUUUAAGCUUCCGGUGGAGGAGAGAGUGAAGUACAAGAUAAGGGCAGGGGAGGUUGAAGGGUAUGGAUCCGUAGCCAGACCUGGAGGAAAGCUUGACUGGGCUGACAGGUUCUACAUGAUAACCAACCCUGUUCAUAGGAGGAAGCCAUAUCUCUUCCCCGAGCUCCCUGCAUCCUUGAGGAGUACGUUGGACACGUACAUGUUGGAAUUGCAAAAACUUGGCAUGGAACUCCUUGGGUUGAUAGCAAAAGCUCUAAAAAUAGAGGUAAAAGAGAUGAAGGAGAUUUUUGAAGACGGAAUGCAGGCGGUGAGGUUGACACUCUAUCCACCAUGCCCACAGCCAGAGCUAGUGAUCGGAAUUACUCCUCAUUCAGAUGCCACCGGCAUCACCAUCCUCAACCAAGUUAAUGGAGUCGAUGGUCUUCAAAUCAAAAGGGAUGGAAUAUGGUAUCCCGUUAGCUUCCUCCCAGAUGCUCUUGUAGUCAAUGUAGGAGACGUUCUCGAGAUUCUGAGUAACGGGAUAUAUCACAGCAUCGAGCAUAGGGCAGCAGUUCAUUCAGAGAAAGAAAGGAUGUCCAUAGCUUUCUUCAUAAACCCUAAAUUUGAGGCAGAGGGCAGAAGGACGGCACGAAGCAAGGAGCUAUCCAGACACAAGAGAAGAAACCGACAAGAACGUGAGGACGAAGCUCUACACCAAAAUAGACCAAGGAAACAGGAUGUGUGGGGAUAUGAUCGGCAGAUGUACAAUCAAGCCACUGUGUUUUUCUUUACCAAUUUCCUUGAUGAUUGGAGUUACGAAAGCAUGUGGCAAACUUUUCGGAAGUAUGGAAAAGUUUUGGCCAUUUACAGUCCAGACAGGAAAUCAAAGAUGGGGAGCAGACCAAAGUUCAAGGAAAAUGAGAGGCACAAGGGUGCUGAUCAAGGACACAACGGAGAAGAAAGAGUAAGAGUGCAAAGAACCUUUGCAGAGGUGAAGGACAGCUUGGAGUUCAACGUGGAGGAGGAAUAUUCAUGGCUUAAAGGAUGUUAUGUUGGGAUAGCCCACUCUGUUGAAAUCAUUUCGACUUUACAGGAGAAAUUUUUUCUGGAAGGCUAUUUCUCUUUCAAGGUAAGACCAAUGGGAGGUUGUUUAGUUCUGUUAGAGGGAGGAGACAAAGAUGAGAUAAAAGAUUUAGUCGAGCUUGCACCAAAAUGGCUCGGACAAUGGUUCACAGAAGUCAAACCAUGGAAACCAACAACAAUCGCAAAGAAAAGGUUUGUCUGGCUACGAUGCCAAGGGGUACCUACUCAUGCUUUGGGGGUUGAUUUCUUUGCCACAAUUGGAGAUAAGUGGGGAAAAUUCAUCACUCUUGAUGAUAGCACUAGUAAGAAAAAGAGGUUUGAUAUAGGAAGAUUGUUGAUCACCACUCCUACAAUGGACUUCAUUUCGAAAACCUUGAACAUUAAGGUUAAUGGGGAGUCAUUUAUGGUCAAAGUCAUGGAGAAGGAGGUAACUAAUGGUAUUUUCUCCAUGAAAUCUGAUCAUGUGUUUAAAGAGUUGAAUGCCUCGGAUGAUGACUACUCAGAAUCAUGGACACUAAAUAUUGUACUUGAUGGUGAGUCAAACAAUUUGGUCCUUGGUGCCGAUAGGUCUAGGGGAAGCUGGAAUAUGUUCGACGAAAAAAUGGAUGAUGAUGACGUGGAGAAAGGGGAGGUUGGGAAGAUGGAUGGGGCAAGGAGGGAUGAAGGGGCACAUAGCCAAUUUGGGCUUGUCUUGGCGGAAGUAGUGGAACUGGUAGAAAAAAAUGGGUCUUGUUUAGAGAGCCACAAAGUAGUAGCCGAAAAACCCUCUCCCGAGAAAACCCGAGAAAAUGAAGGAGACAACAACUGCCCAACUAGCCAACUACUUGUAGGGAAAGAGUCUUCCUUUUGGGAGGAUUUUGUGGAUGAAUCAAGUCAAGAGCGGGAGUGGAUGGGUCGAAAGGAAAAAAAAGUGAAGAAGAAUAGAAAAAAGAAAAGUAGACCGUGCUUGUCGGUGUACAUGAAAGGAAGGAAGAAGGUAGCAGGUGGAUCAAUCACCGACAGUGGCAUUGAAAAUAGGAACAAGCAGUUGAGAAGAGCAAAUGAGCAUGACAAUGAGAAGAGGAUUUGGGCGUUUGCAAAGAAGAUUGGAGCCGGAGAUUGUGGUAAUGAGACGGAGGUGAUAGCAAAGCUCCUUGCCAAUAGGCUUAGUUUGGUGAUGGAUGGCAUUAUUGGAGAAAGCCAGAUGGCGUUUGUUGGAGGAAGACAAAUGGUUGACAGCAUAGUUAUUGCCAAGGAAACAACUGAUGAAGCAAAGAGAAACAAGAAGGCAAGCUUUGUGUUUAAGUUGGAUUUUGAAAAAGCAUAUGACAAAAUGUCAAAAAUGACCCACAUGUUGAACUACAAACAAGGAUCGUUCCCCAGCAAGUACCUUGGAGUACCUAUAGGAGGUAGUUGUAAAAGCAUCGCUUUAUGGAAACCCUUGAUUAAGACUUUUAAGAAGAAAUUGAGCUUAUGGAAGGGUCGGUUUCUCUCCUUUGGUGGAAGGAUCACACUCCUCAACUCCAUGUUGUCUAGUCUCCCAGUUUUCCUCAUGACUGUGCACCGACUACCAAAAGAUGGUAAAUGGCUGGAGUGGGUACAAGAGAGAGCCCAAAGGGGGUCUUCAUGGUGGAAGAAUAUUUGUAGGAUAGACCACAUUGAUUUCAAUAAUAGGGGAUGGCUUUCGGAGGGAUUCAAACUAAAAAUGGGGGAGGGCAAAUCAAUCAAAUUCUGGAAGGACGUGUGGGUAGGGGACCAACCUCUUGCUAACCAAUUUCCUAGACUGUUCAUUAGUUCUACAGACAAUGACAAAAGCAUAGAUCAAAUGGGCAACCGGAGGGAGGGAAGAUGGCAUCGGUCACUACAAUGGAGACAACCGUUAUAUGUGUGGGAGGAAGACAAACUUACAGAGCUUCGGGGUCUACUUGAUCACUCAAAACCUGUCCAACAUCAAAAAGACUGCUGGGAUUGGAGGCAUGACAAAGAUGGAGUUUACACAGUAAGGACAGCUUACAACCUUCUUUCUAGCAACAAUGGGGAAAAUAGAGCAUGGAUAUAUAGAAGGAUAUGGAGCAAAUUUAUUCCUACAAAAAUCAGUGCUUUUGUGUGGCAAGUCCUGCAGGACAGAAUCCCCACUAAGAUGAACUUAUAUGAAAGAGGCAUCAUAACUGAUAUCAACCAAGUGAUGUGUGGCUUGUGCGGUGAAAGUGCGGAAGACGGCAACCAUUUGUUUCUCCACUGCAAAGUGGCCCACUUGGUAUGGUAUAAAUGCUUACAAUGGUGGAGGACACGAUCGGUUCUACCUGAAACAUGUUAUGAAUCCUUCGAGCAACACUACUCAUACUUUAAAGAUCCACUGGUCAGAACAGGUUGGGACGUGGUGUGGCUCUCUGUCAUAUGGUCUCUUUGGAUGGCAAGAAAUGCAAAGACAUUCAGAAAUCACGAGAAUGACCCCAACAGAAUCUUUGAACUGGUGCAGCUAAGAACUUUCUACUGGAUUAAAGGCAAGGCAAGUAUCUACUCCUUUAAUUUUUAUGAAUGGAUGUUGGAGCCAGCUUUAAGCUUAAAAGCCAAACGAAGUAAUUAAUCGGGACUUGAAUAGAGGGACUUUUCUAUGUUAUGGACUGGUAUGUUUUACUGAACCUCUGCUUCAAUUCUACUGCUGUUUUUAUCGCUGAAUGGGUCUGUGGGGUUUCAGCAAGUUGAUUUGUUGGCUGUAUUGUGAUUGAAUUUUGUAGUAAGGGCAUGAGUACCCCUCGCACUCUAGUAAAUAAAGUUCACUUUU